AUGGACGGAAAAGGAAGACUUAACCUACAAGAGUUUAGACACUUGUGGAACAAAGUCAAACAGUGGCAGGGAAUCUUUAAGUGCUAUGACUUUGAUCAUACUGGCACUAUCAGCAGCUAUGAGAUGAGAAACGCCAUCAAUGAUGCAGGGUUCCGUCUGAAUAACCAGCUCUAUGAUAUCAUCACCAUGCGCUAUGCCAAUGAAAACAUGCACAUCGACUUUGACAGUUUCGUCAGCUGUCUUGUGCGACUGGAGGGGAUGUUCAGAGCAUUCCAGGCCUUUGAUCAAGGUGGAGAUGGCACCAUCAGACUUAAUGUACUGGAGUGGCUUCAGCUAACCAUGUACGCAUAGACCAACUAUGGAUCCAGGUGAGCCCUGACUCGGCAAGGACCAGAACUAGCAGCUCUUACCUCAACACUCAAUGUGCCAGACUACCGUUACCUCUUUCUCUGUACCUCAGCCCACACUGAACACCAGUUCUAGAAACUUAACACAUGAUUAAUCCUCCUCUUCAUUUUAGUUUUAAAUAGGAUGGUAAGAAGAGUGAAAUGAGUAUUAGUGUUACAGACUGACGUUUUUGGGGGGCGUUGUGCCCAAGCAACUUUAGAGGCAUGUCGCACGUUGCUGGUUUUCUGUUGUAAUUCAUUCCUCAGAGUAGCAUUUCACAUGACCUUCAUUCAGUUUGUCUACACUGGUGUUACAGGCAGCAUUUCUCUUUUACCUCAACUAGCCUCAAAAGAUGCUAAUGUUUCAUGGCCUUGAGAUUUCCUUUUGCCAUAUGCUGAUGGACCUAAUAUAUAAUUGAUUAUCUAAUAUUAUAUAGAGCUAUAACAAUAAAAAGAAAUAGAUUCGGAUUUAACUCUUGACAAUAUGCACACUUCUUAUUACAUUGUAAACGUGAUGCCUUACAAUGAUGAGGAAAAACUACUUGAAAGCCAGUCUGACCAUUCCCACUGAAACACAAUCCAGAUUUGUUUCCGAUUUCACACCACAUAUGGAUGUGGUUUCGACCAGGUUUGUAAAUCUAUCAGAAGUCAGAAUUUUGUCUGAACAAAAUGUCUCAGGGACACUUGGAAACUCUUAUCAUACUACCACUCUUUCCGAUUCAGAUUUCUUAAAAAUAUCUUUCCAUCUUCACCCAGAUAUGCACUACAUACAUCCCAGCCUCCCAUUUGAUUUGGUAAUAGCAAGAAUCCAUAAA